GGAGUUGCCUCCAGCAGGACGCUGUACCGCGGUAAAGAGUCUGAGCUCCAUGCUGGGUCCUCCUCAUGCUGUCUGUUUUCUGCCCGGUCGGUACUAGGGAACGGGGAUUAAGCUGGCUUUAAUUCUCCUCGUCUGUUCGGUCCGUUGGAUUGGUCCUGUAAUUCCUGCGUAGGCCACAUUGCUUUGGAGAGAAUCUGGAGUAGCGUUAUAUGUGGUGUGGCCCUUACGCAGCUGGGUUCCUGGUCCAGGGGUUGUGGGUUUGAUUCCUCAGCGUGACACAGCUUGUUGCACGUUCAGUGAACUCCGCAGUCUGCUCAGGACCCGCCCCCGUGCCCCUCCCGGCCCCGCCCCGCCCCGCCCCCUCGCCAUGGCCUCCCGGAUUGGCCUGCGCCUGCAGCUCAUGCGGGACCAGCAGCAGCAGGAGGAGCAGCGCGAGCGCCAGCAGCAGCAGCAGCAGCAGGCCGCCGCCCGCCAGUACGCCCAGCACCGCAUGCCCGCCCCGCCCACGCCCGCCAUCAACGCCCCCGCCCACUACCAGGCCCCCAUGCAGGUCCCCGUGGAGGUGCUCAGGGUGCAGACCCACCUGGAGAAUCCCACGGACUACCACAUCCGCCAGUCGCAGCGGCAGCAGCUGAAGCAGUUCCUCUCCACCACCUACGCCACCAAGCAGGCCGUGCACGCCGUGACGGGGACUCAGCCGUCCCCCCCCCCGCCCCCGCUCGUCCAGCCCGCCUCCGCCCCCGGCCCCGCCCUCAUGCCCUCCCCGUGCAUGCGCACCGAGCAGCUCAUCACCUCAGCGGGCAACAGCGCCCCCAACAGCCCCAUGGCCAUGCUGAACAUCUGCUCCAGCCAGGAGAAGGAGAUGGAUGAUGUCAUCGAUGACAUCAUCAGCCUGCAGUCCAGUUAUGAUGACAUCUCUGCGUAUAUUGACCCCGUGGUUCAUAUGCCAAACACAUUGCCCCUGUCCAGCAGUCACAUGGAUGUGUACACGGGACCCGGGAUGUCUGGCCCAGCCAUCGCCAUGACCAGCAACUCCUGCCCCGCCAACCUGGCCGUCAAGAAGGAGCUAUCGGAUGCAGAAGCACGUGCCAUGGCUAAGGAACGACAGAAGAAGGAUAACCACAACCUGAUUGAGAGAAGAAGGAGGUUCAACAUCAACGACCGCAUUAAGGAGCUCGGAACCAUGAUCCCAAAAACAAAUGACCUGGACUCGCGCUGGAACAAAGGCACCAUCCUGAAGGCCUCCGUCGACUACAUCAAGCGCAUGCAGAGGGACAUGCAGAGGACUAAGGAGGUGGAGAACAACUUCAAGAGGAUGGAGAUGACCAACAAGCAGCUGUGGCUGAGGAUCCAGGAGCUGGAAAUGCAGGCUCGCGUGCACGGCUUCUCCUGCAGCUCCCCGUCCGGACUCAACAGCGACUUCCUGGGGUCCCUGGUGAAGCAGGAGACCAGCCCCGAGGAGGUGCCCCAGGCGCAGAGACAGCUGCCCCCGCUGCCCCCUCACAGCCACGCCGCCCAGGCCCACAGCCACGCCCAGCCCCACCCGCACGGCCACGCCCAGCAGCCCCAGCCUCUGCAGUACCCGGCGGUGGGCAGCUCGCAGCAUUUUGACUUUGGGCAGAGCAUGGACGCGUGCGAGGGCCUGCCGGGGUACGGGGACCCCCUGUCCCAGCUGGCCGACCUGUCCGGCCUGGUGGGGCCGGAGAGGAGGGAGGAUCUCAGCUUCCUGCUGAUGGAGGAGGCGCUGUCUCCCCUGGGGGGAGGCGACCCCCUCCUCUCCACCAUGUCCCCCGACGCCUCCGUGGACAGCAGGCGCAGCAGCGAUAGCUUCGAGGAUUGUGACGGGCUGUAACCCGCGUCUCACACACACACGCACGCAAGGACACGGACACACACACACACACACACAUACACACAUGCAAGGAUACAGACACGGACACACACACACACGCACAUACACAUACACACACGCAAGGAUACAGACACAGACACACGCAAGGACACGGACACACACACACGCACAUGCACAUACACACACGCAAGGACACAGACACACACAUGCACACACACACAGAUAUAUAUAUAUAUAUACACGCACACGCAUGCACACAUGCAAAUGCACAGAUAAAGAAACACACACACGCACGCACGCUUGCACUCAUAUACAUGCACACACUCAUGCUCAUUUUUACCGGCACUCACACACAGGCCUUGUACAUCUCCUCAGUGCCUUACUUAGUGAUUGGAAUCCCUGUAUGUAGCAGCACACACAAACACCUCUAAAGAAAACUCCAAAUGAGGGCUCACACACGGUGAUAUACUCUCUCCUACUCACUGGUUUAUUUUACAGAAACCUCCAACGAUCCUCUUUCCUUCCCAGAAUGCUUGGCUGCUCUCCAAAGCCUCUGCUCUAAACAAGCGGCAUCUCUCCCACCUGAACAAACAUCACUCCACCAUUACAGACUGGCCCUCAUCAGAUGGCCCUGGUCUUUCAUGUGAAUCUCUCUCCUGUACUGAACAGAUUACACACACACACACACACACACACACACACAUACUCUUAGACCUCCCAGUCCUACACUCCCUGAUUUCAGAAAUUGUAAUGUCUGUUUAACUAAAAAAGAGAACUGAUAGGGUGCCAGAAAGUGAAGGAUAUAUCGAAUGCAGAUGAGGAACUGCCCCUCACCUUCUGGUAACUUCAAUAAAGAGAGAAGUUCUAGCACAGCUGUGCUUUUUAAUGUAAAAACAGAUUAUGUGUGCCAGUGAAAAAAGGAUUUUUAAGUGAAUGCACCAGGUAUAUUAAUUUGAGUGCAGAACCCCUCUUAGGAACAAAGUGGUUUCCAUAGCUUUCCGAAAUAAAAAGCCACUAAAUAUGUUCAUUUUUGUCAAUUUUCCAAUGGGUGGGUCAAAGCAACCAGGCCAGGUUGCUUUAAAAAGUUUCCUCACGGGUAAUGUAAAUAUUCAUUUUGAUUUUAGCAGGCGGAAGUUCUGAAAAGGGAUUGAUAAACAGGACAGGUCUUGGAAGUUGACCUGUCACAAAACAUGUUUUUACACGGGUGUGGCCGCUGGCAUAGCUGUGUGUACAGUACAGCCCGUUAGCUUGCCUCUGGUGCCGACACAGUACAGCCCGUUAGCAUGCUGUGGUCCCGACACAGUACAGCCCGUUAGCAUGCUGUGGUCCCGACACAGUACAGCCCGUUAGCAUGCUGUGGUGCUGACACAGUACAGCCCGUUAGCAUGCUGCGGUGCCGACACAUUACAGCCUGUUAGCAUGCCUCUGGUGGCGAAACUGCGACCAGCUAGUCACGGCCACGGGAGAGCGAGGUUUCACGAAACCCGUAAUCUGUGGAACUAAAAUGAGCUGGCGGACACUGGCUGGUUUGAACUAAUCAAAGGACUUUGCUCUCAAAAUGCAAUGGUUCAAAUCAGCGAGUCACUGAUCGCUCCACCCACGUUUAUUUCAUGUAGCCGCCUCCUCCCAGCGUUAGCCACGGUCAGCGUAGAGCGAACGGUUAAACCUGGAUCAGAUUCAAACUCACUCAGUGCUCAUUAUAUGCAACCCUGAGCAGGCUGUUUGACACUGUACACACCUGCAUCUGGGGUAGCUUUUUUAAAUUUUUAAUAUUUUUUUAACUUGUGAGAGCACUGUUGGUUGUAAUUCAAAACUGAACCAGUCUCAAGGUAUGUCAUUUUUUGAUCAUCCUGUGUGUCAUAUUUGCAUAUUGUUUUCUUUAGUCUAGCCUCUGGACAGUUUAUAUAUGUAUAUAUAAACAUAACUUUGUCGUUUCUCCCAAAGCACUGGAAAUCCAUGUUAUUUUAUUGAUAUUAUAGUAUGAAUGUUUUAUGAAGGUUUAUUUGUGUCGGUAUAACAUUAAGCCACUUAAAUGUAUUUAUUUGGCAUUUUUAUUCCAAAAGUGAUUUUUGUUUGCAAUUUAGUGCCAAUUAGAAAUUAUUUACACCACUUGCCCAAGUUAAGGCAGUGAAGAGCCAUGCUAUAUAUAAUUUUAUUUUGUGUAAAAAAAAAAAAAAUCUUAGCAGGUGUUUAUAACAAUUUAAAUAAUGUAUUUUUAUCAUUUUAUUUUUAAGAUGCAUCUGUUCAUUGAGAUGCAAAAAAAUAAAUGAUUGUUUUAUUUCA